AUGACCAAGGGUGCUUGGAUGUGUCGGCAGUAUGAAGACAGCUUAAAAAUUUGUUUUGCACCCCGGGAGAACGAAAAACCUUUUACUGAUUCAGAGAGGGCUCAGAAAUGGCGACUGUCUUUAGCUUCUCUCUUGUUUUUUACAGUCCUGCUUUCUGAUCAUUUAUGGUUCUGUGCUGAGGCAAAAUUGACAAGGACCAGAGACAAAGAGCAGGGCACCUUACUUGCAACUAGCAUGGAUGAUCAAUUGCCAUCAGUAGAAGGACAUUUACUCUCACCUACCCUUAAAUCUUCUCAAAAGAGCCUUAGCAAAGGCAAAAAAGCUAUUUUUCUAGGAAAUUCUACCAAACCUCUGUGGCGGCUAGAAACGUUUUCCCCACUUAGUCCAUUUGAUCAACAUUUUAGUGUUGAUGAUGCCGAAUCUGUCUGUAGGAACUUCAGUGAGUGGCCAAUGGAUAUGCCUGCUCACUCCAACUUGAGUAAUUUUUACCUUUCCUUUUGUAAUUCUUAUACACUUUUGGAUUUGUUUUCUGGUUUCUCAAAUCCGGACAUUUACAACUGUAGUUUAGAUAUGGUGGAGAAUGGGGAUAUACCUGGUUGCAGACAGUGUGUCCAGGCUUACCAACGAUCUGAUCUACUCGCUCAGGAGAAAUAUGAAGAGUUUGAGGUUUUGCUACAGAAAUAUUUACAGUCGGAUGAGUAUUCUGUAAAAUCAUGUUCUGAAGACUGCAAGACUGUCUACAAAUCCUGGCUAUGUUCCCAGUUUUUUGAAGUCACACAAUCUGAAUGCAGUAGCAGAAUUCCUUGCAAGCAAUACUGUUUGGAAGUGCAAACCAGAUGUCCCUUUAUACUACCAGAUAAUGAUGAUGUUGUCUAUGGAGGACUAUCAAGUUUCAUCUGUACAGGGCUCUAUGAAAACUAUUCAACCAAUGCAGAACCAGAAUGCUGUGAUGUCAGAUGGGAAUUAUCCGCAGAUAACCAAUCCAAAGGGACUAAAAAGUCACAUGACUCAACGUUGUGUCACAAGACAUCACUCACAGCUUCAUCAGCAUCAAGACUGUGUAACAGCAGACUUAAACUGUGUGUUCUUGUACUGAUACUAUUACAUACAGUACUAACAGUUUCAGCAGCACAAAACUCAACAGGACUGGGUUUUGGAAGCAUAACAAUUUUGGAAGACAAUUCAACAAAUGAGGAGUAA